GUUUAUCACAUAUUCAUUUUGAAAAAGAGGUUAUGUUUUUAAAAAAUUAAAAUAAAAAAUGUUUUUAAGAAAAUUUGCAAGAUGCAACGUUUCUAGAUUAUUUUUAUCAGAACACAGAUGUUACAAGCUCCAGCAUGUUAAAUCUUUAUGUGGAACAAAUAGUAAAUUACUCAAUGAAUAUAUUUGUAAUUUUAAUAAAAAUGCUGUGUUGCCUGCAUCAUAUUCCGUUAGACUUUAUUCGAAGAAAUUAAUAGAAGACAUCUUUAAAGAACCGAAUCAUGAAAUAGAAUUGAGUAAGAUUAAUGAAAUUUUCAAACAGCCACGAGUUACUCUUAACGAAUUACAAAAUAAAAGUCCAGAUAAGAUAUUCGAUAUUCAUUAUAAACAACUAGUGGUAGCUCCAAAGGGUGGAAAGAGGAAAAUUAUUCAGAAUGACUGGACUUGCACAUACACUUUCAUAUGGCCGGAGAAAAUGAAAUUUGAAAGUACAGCUAUAUCAAAGAGGAAGGCGGCUGAAAAAGCUGCAACACAAGCAUUGCAUUGGCUGUAUAAUAAGAAAAGAAUUGAUGAUAGAGGCUGUCCCAUUUAUGAUAAAACCGUCAUAAAAGAAUUACAAAGUACAUUGAACAAAGAUAUACAUGUAACUUUGAGUGAUAAUUCCAUCGAAAGAAUUAACAAGAUAUGGAAUGAAUAUGAAAGUGAAAUAAAAAGUAUAUAUGAAGCGACAUUCAAAGAAUCAGAACAAAAAUUAUUAAACACGGCAUCUGUUUUCAACAAAGAUUCAACUAUAGAUGAUGAAGAUUGUUCCGAGGAAAUAAUGGAAAAUGAAAACGAUAAAUUGGAGACUCUAACAGACCUUAAACCCCCGAUCCACCCGGUGUUCGGCAAGCAAAUCGAGCAUAUACAGUCAGCGAGAGAGAGACGCGAGCGAACACUCAGACAGACAUUCAAAAAUUACGAUGAGAAAUUAACGCCGUUACCAAUAGAUGGAUAUGCAGAAGAAAUAGCAUCAACGAUAGAAAAGUCCCGCGUGACAGUGAUCGUGGGUGCUGCGGGCUGCGGGAAGUCGACUCGUGCGCCCGCAGCGAUACUGCGUCACUGCGGCGUCAACGCUGCUGUCAUAGUGUCUGAACCGCGUCGUGUUGCCGCUAUUGGUUUAGCUCAGAGAGUCGCCGAUGAACUCGGUGAACAGGUCGGUGAAUCGAUUGGGUACCAAGUGCGUCUCCACUCCAAGUUACCGAGGCCUCCAGGUGGGGCGAUACUUUAUUGUACGUCUGGAGUCUUGCUAAGGAGGUUACAAUUAAAUCCAAGCCUCAAAGGCUGCUCCCACGUCUUUAUCGACGAAGCCCAUGAAAGAGAUGUAAACACAGACGUUACUCUCCUAUUGUUGAAGCGAGCACUGAAAAUCAAUCCUGACUUGAAGAUUAUCGUCAUGAGCGCAACUUUGGACACAGAUGUUUUCACUAAUUAUUUCAACGAUUGUCCUAUUAUAGAAGUGCCAGGGAAAACGUAUCCAGUCGAAAUAUCGAACUUGGAAGAUAUACAAACGAAAUUUAAUUUAAAUCUUUCGUGGACUAUGGAAAAUUGCGCGAAACCCGACGGAAAACCGCAAGUCGAUUGUGCAGAGAUACUAGAAGUAAUAAAUGCGGUCGAUAAAACACAAUCAGAAGGUGCUAUACUAGUGUUCCUCCCCGGUUGGGCUGAAAUAAAACAAACGAAAAUGUUGUUAGACAAUUUGUAUAGUAAUUCACCUUUACACUUGGUGUUGCCAGUGCAUUCUAGAUUAUCGACAGCAGACCAAACGAAGAUGUUCGCGAAACCAUCGCCCGGUAUCCGUAAAAUCGUACUGGCGACGAAUAUCGCGGAAACGUCAAUCACUAUACCGGACGUCGUUCACGUGAUAGACAGCGGUGCCCAUAAAGAAAACCGAAUCAAGGAAGGAACAGGCGGGGCGAGCUUGGAGACGGUGUGGGUGUCGCGCGCCGGCGCCGCGCAGCGGGCGGGCCGCGCGGGCCGCGUGCGCGCGGGUCAUUGCUACAGAAUGUACACGAAAGACAAGGAAGAAGAACUAAUUCCACAUACAACUCCUGAGAUUCUGAGGAUACCGUUGGAACAAACCGUCCUGGAUUGUAAAUCUUACGCCCAGAACGAUAAAGUGGAAGAUUUUCUCUCCCAUCUCCCGGAGCCGCCGAGCAAGCAAGCUAUACGGUUCGCCGUCAACGAUCUCAUAGAACUAGGAGCGUUGACGAAAUCCGAACAGAUGACGCGCUUAGGCGUCAUAUUGUCCAGUAUGCCGCUGCACCCGCGGCUGGCGCGCUGCGUGCUGGCGGCGGCCGCGCUGGGCGGGGCGCGGCCCGCCGCCAGCGUCGCCACGCACUGCUCGGACAACGUCGACCUGUUUAGGAAUUCCGCUGAGAGGCGAGAAGAAAUACGCAAUUUUAAACGCAAAUUCAACCCGACAUCGGACCACGCGGCGGUACACUGGAUACAGGAUGAGUUCGAGCAGAUAUUGGAGGAGGAAGGUUGGGAGGCUGUCGAUCGUUGGUGUGAGAAAUACGGACUGCGGAAGGAUAGACUCAAUUACGUUAAAUCCAUUUCAAACCUACACUUGGAGCAUUUAUUCAAUACCGGAAUAGUCGAGCGAACGAUGGAAGUUUCAGAGAUAAAUCGCUUUUCCGAUAUAGACGAACUGACAUCCGCCGUACUGUUAUCCGGUUCCAACUCGUUGCUGGUCACGAGGAAACAUGUCAAGACGAAGGGAAAGUUGAUGACCGGUGUCAGUGUUUUUACAAGUAAAGGCGAAAGGGCUCAUAUAGGAAGCGAGAGUGUUAACCACGGUAUAACAAAGAGCAAACUCACCAAUCAACUUCUAACCUACUUUGGUGGUUACCAUUCAAUAGAAAGGCGAGCUUUAGUUGUUUAUAGGACAUCAUUGGUACCGCCUCACGCGGUUUUGCUGUUUUCUGCGGGUGAUAUUAAGCAGAAAAUUUUGGAAGGAAGCGAUGGUGAAACAACGGAGCUGUAUCAUUCGAAACACAAGCUCACAUUUCAAAUGCCUACAGGUCAAGCAGAGUUAAUUCUCAAAGCAAGAGAAAUGUUACGAACCACACUCCGAUACUACAUAGAGAGGGACCUCAGGAACAUUGAAUUUGACGUCAUCACGCUAACGUCUAGAUUCAAGACUAGACUUGUGAAAACAUUGGGUAGAAUACUAGUUGAGGCUGACAAGGAACAUGUGCAAAACACGUCGGAUGAUAUUAGAUAAAUAAA